AUUAAAUUUAUGAGCAUGAUAAAUAAAAUUGAUGUACAUUAACAUUUCCUUUUCCGAGUGAAAAAAACAAGAAUUGUUCUAUAAAACCAAACGGGUUGGUUUUUUUUUACUUUCAUUUCCCAAAACAUGUCUUCGGAAAAUGAUAUCGAUGUGAUUGUAGCUAUUGAUUUUGGAACAACUUUUAGUGGGUUUGCAUUUGCGAAAAAAGCUAAACCCGAAGAAAUUAAUAUUAACAAUAUUCGCCUUAAUAAUAUUUGGUUGGGAAGAAGAGGGUUACCAAAAACAAAUACUGCUUUGUUAUAUUUUGAUGAAUUUUUAGAGCUCCAUAGAAAAUGGGGUGAACAAGCUCUUAUUUAUGAACCAUCUAAAAGAGUGGAUCAAGUUCAUUAUAUCAUUGAAAGAUUUAAAUUGUUGCUGGAUGAAGAUGCAAAAGAUAAUUGGCCCGUAUUACCGAAAAAUUUAGAUGCCAAGACAGUGAUUACUGAUUAUUUUGUUAAAAUGAAAGAAGUAAUCGAAGAAGUUUUAGACAGACGUUGCAAAGCUACUUUAUCUCAAGUAUUAUUUGUAUUGUCUGUUCCGGCAGAAUGGCCACCUCGUACUAGAGAUAUAUUACGAGAUUGUGUAUAUAAGGCAGGAUUACUUGAUGAAUCAAAGAGACAAUCAAAUCGACAUAGAUUAGAAUUUACAACUGAACCCGAAGCCGCAGCAAUAUAUUGUUUGUCAUGUGCUGGCGAGAACUUUUCGGUUGGCGAUACUUACCUUGUUGUAGACUGUGGGGGAGGAACUGUAGACUUAACGAUAAGAACUUUGCUACCAGAUAAAACAUUAGAGGAAGAAACUGUCAGGUCAGGUGGUCUUUGUGGUAGUACUUUUGUAGACCAAGAAUUCCUGAAGUUUUUACGCCUUACAGUUGGUUCAGAAGCUAUGGAUCAGUUUAAAGAAAAUCAUUAUGGAAGUUUACAAAAAUUGAUUUACAAGUUCUUUUGUCCAGAAGUUAAAUUACCUUUUGAUGGAGAAUCUGAUGAAUUUGAGUCAAUUGAAUUAGAUUUAGAAAAAUGGUGUCCAGCUCUAAUUCAAUAUAUUUCUAGGGAGACAAAAGAAAAGCUUAAAAAGGAGGAAUGGAUUAUUGACAUAAAAUCCGACGAUGUAAUGAGAAUGUUUGACCCAGCAGUUAAUGAUAUAAUUGACUUGAUCCAUGCACAAUUAGAACGUCUCCCAAAACAACGAAAAGUAAAGACAAUGUUUCUCGUAGGAGGUUUCAGUGAAUCAACUUAUUUAUUUAAACGAGUCAAAACCGUUUUUAAGAAUCGUAUUGAUAUUAACAAAAUAAUAAAUCCUCCUGAGCCAAUUGCUGCUAUUGUGAAAGGUGCUUGUUAUUAUGGAUUAAACAAGGAUAUAAUUAAGAUAAGGACUCUUAAGUGGUCUUACGGCAUAGAGAUUAAUGGCGAAUAUGAUUAUAAUGAUCCAAAGGAACUUCGACUUGAUGGCAAUAGAAUUUCAAGAUUUGAUGCCUUAGCGAAUCAGGGAGAUAAACUUGAAGUUAACAAGGAUAGUAAACCUAGAGAAUACAAACCUUUGAGCAGAAAUCAACUAGCAGUUACAUUCAUACUCCUAUAUGCAAAUUUUCCAAACCCUAAAUAUCCGAGUCAAAAAGGCGUGAAACCGUUAGGAAAGUUAACCAUCAACUUACCUUUAAAAGGUUAUGGUACGGAUCGUAUAAUAGAAUUUUUUAUAAAGUUUGCAGAGGAAGAACUUAAAGUAACGGCACGCAACAAAUCUGAUACAAAUGAAUCAUAUAGCGCUACUUUUAAUUAUCCUGAAGAUGAUUCAGUUUAAUAUACUUAUUUUCUAUUUAAUAUUUUAUUUAUUAAAUAAGUGUAUCUAUUUUUGCACUUAUAUCAGUUUACCAAA